AUGUUACGGAAGCAUACUUUAUUACAAUUUAGUAUAAUGCUGUUAUUAAAAAUAUUAUCGUUAUUAUAUUUAAAUAUCGGGAUAGCAAAUUCUUCAAAUCUACAUGAAAAAGAUUAUUCAAUGCAUUUAGCAGCGAAUGAAUCAUUAUUUUGGGGAACAUAUAGACCUAAUUUAUAUUUUGGAGUUAGACCAAGAUUACCCGAAUCUUUAUUAAAUUUUAGACAUCAAUGCGAUCAGGCGGAUAAAAUGAAAGAGUAUAGUUAUAAGAAACAUGAUGGAAGAAAUUUUGCAGUGCAAACUAUAACAGAUGAAGUCAGUAAUAUAAUAUUGAAAUCUGAAUUUGUAAAAGUUUCCAGUGGUGGUGGAAAAGGUGGUGAUUGGGCUGUAAGAAUAUCAGGCAAACCUAUUGAUUAUGAUAAACCUUCAAAAACUUCAAUUUUUUAUUAUUUUGCUCUUGAGGGUGAAGGAUACAUUGAUCUGAUCAAUCCGAUUGAUAAAAUGGGUGAAACACCUGACCUUGGCAACUUUAAUAUUAAAAUAGUGGAUGAUUCAAAUAAUCAAAGUCCGACAGUCAAUCCAAUUUAUAAUGAUGAGAUUGCUGAUAUAUCUAAAACACAAUUUUUUGGUCAAUUGAUAUCUGACGAUGAUUUAUGGAAAGCAAAAGAUAUAGCACUAAUAAAUUUACAAAAAAAAAUUCAAAUAAUAAAAGAGAAAUAUUCUAAUGAAGAAUUUCCACCACCACAUUAUUCAUUUUUACUAAAUAAUUUAAUUGAAGAAGAUUCAAAUUUUUAUGCAUUUCAAAAAAUAUUUGAAGGAUCAUUCCAGUUUGAUAUAAUUUAUCAAUCUGAUCUGUCAUCCACAAAUAUUGACUCUGGUAAUUUGGGAGUAUUAGUUGAAAAAAAUUCAAAAGAAUUUGACCAGAGAUUUGAAAAUACUUUUAAAUUAACAGAAAAAGGUUUUAAUAGUAAUCAAAUUAAAUUUGCUCAAUCAAUUACAAGCAAUUUAUUAGGAGGGAUUGGAUACUUUUAUGGAUCUAGUAUGGUUGACAGAACAUAUAGUGGUGACGAAGAUGAUAUGGAGGAAGUAGAAAAUUUUUGGGAGAAAUUAACAAAAUCUAAUCCAACUUUAACUUUACCCACAAGUUUAUUUACUGCAACUCCUUCUAGAUCAUUUUUCCCUCGUGGAUUUUAUUGUUUAGAUAUCACAAUGAAUUGGGUAAAUUUAAUUGAUAAUGAUGGUUGGAUUGCUAGAGAACAAAUAUUAGGUGAAGAAGCACGUAGUAAGGUACCACCAGAAUUUCAAAUACAAUAUCCAUAUUAUGCAAAUCCUCCUACACUAUACAUGUCAAUAAUAUCUUUUAUUGACAGAUUAGAAAAUUUUGAAAAUCAAACUUAUUUAAAUGUUCAAGAAAUUCUUUUACAACAACAAGAUAUUAUAUUAGAUAACUUAUCCGCCACUACAAAUCCAGAAUUAUUACCAAUACAACAUUUAAUCAAUCCAGAGUUGGGUGAUAAAUAUUUAAAACAGAUUUAUGAAAAAUUAAAAUUGAAUUAUGAGUGGUUUAGAAGAACUCAACGGGGUGAAAUUAAAGAAUGGGGUCGUAAAGCUAGUAAUAAUAGAGAGGCUUAUAGGUGGAGAGGUAGAACACCUGGUCAUACAUUAACCUCUGGACUUGAUGAUUAUCCAAGGCCAAGUCCACCACAUCCAUCAGAAUUACAUGUAGACUUGAUGUGCUGGGUAGGACUUAUGUCAAGAACUUUAUCAAUAAUUUCUAAAAGAUUAAAUGAGGAAGAUGAUUUUGAAGAUUUUACUAACGAUUUUAAAAAAAUUUCACAAAAUUUACAUGAUCUGCAUUGGAGUGAAAACGAUAAAGUCUUUUGUGAUCUUUCUAUUGAUGAAGAUGGAUAUUUGUCUUUAUUUCCUUUGUUUCUUGAAUUUAUACCAAACGAUUCGCCAAAACUUGAAUCUUUAUUGGACUUAAUUUACGAUCCAAAUGAAUUAUGGUCACCGUACGGAAUAAGAUCUUUAUCAAAAUCCGAUGAAUUUUUUGGCACAAAUGAAAAUUAUUGGAGAGGUCCAGUUUGGAUAAACAUUAAUUAUUUAAUAUUAUCUUCUCUUUAUAAGGAAUUUGAGAGAACUGGAUAUGUAUGGGAACAAUAUUCUUCUAUUGAUGGUAAAGGAUCAAGAAGUCAUCCUUUUACAGGCUGGACAGCAUUAGUUACUUUAAUUAUGGCAGAAAAAUAUUAA